AUGGCGAUGGAGCCCAGCAUCCUCCGCGCCCCCUGCGCCCCUCACCCGAGGACCCAGCGCCUGGGCACCAUGGAGAUGGUUGCCAGGCAACCGCACGCCAUCCUGAUUGGCUGGCUGUGUGCAGCCUCGCCCCCGGAGCCGGCAGGCGUCUUGGCUCGCCCAGCUCCCUCUGCGCCUCUGCCGGCCCCGCCCCCGGCCCGGGAGGUGACGUCAGCCCGGGGCGCGCGCCGCAGUGAGAGUCCGCCCGCCCGGCCGGGCUCCGCACGCUUCCCGGGUCCCAGGCCCGGCCGGGCCGACGGGGGCAGCCGCCUGCAGGCCCCCCAGUGGCGGAGGAAGCUCAGCCUCCCCCAACUCCCUCACCCAGCCCCUGGGAGUCCGGCGGACGGAAGGUCCGGGGCCCCCCUGGAUGCAGACGCGGGAAUCCAGCUUCUAAAAGUGGGGGGGUCUCGGGCUGAGCGCCCCCCGCCCCACUUCCGGCGGGGACCCCGCCCCUCGUGCCGCCCCGUCGCCCCACCCCCACCCCCGGGCCUGGGCCUCGGGCUGCAGGGCGCCGGCCGUGCGGGGCGCGCCUGGGACGCGGCCUUUGGGGGGACGCGCGAGAAGCGGGGGUCUCCGGACCCGGGAGGCUGCAGCCCAGAUGGUGGGGAGCGGGGUGCACGGCUGACCCCGACACUGGGACCCCUGCCCACCGGGACCCUGACACUGGGACCCCUGCCCACCGGGGACCCUGACACUGGGACCCCUGCCCACCGGGACCCCGACACUGGGACCCCUGCCCACCGGGGACCCCGACACUGGGACCCCUGCCCACCGGGACCCGGACACUGGGACCCCUGCCCACUGGGACGCCUGCCCACCGGGACCCCGACACUGGGACCCCAGCCCACCGGGGACCCCGACACUGGGACCCCUGCCCACCGGGACCCUGACACUGGGACCCCUGCCCACCGGGACCCUGACACUGGGACCCCUGCCCACCGGGACCCCGACACUGGGACCCCUGCCCACUGGGACGCCUGCCCACCGGGGACCCCGACACUGGGACCCCUGCCCACCAGGACCCGGACACUGGGACCCCUGCCCACCGGGGACCCUGACACUGGGACCCCUGCCCACCGGGACCCCGACACUGGGACCCCUGCCCACCGGGACCCUGACACUGGGACCCCUGCCCACCGGGACCCCGACACUGGGACCCCUGCCCACCGGGGACCCCGACACUGGGACCCCUGCCCACCGGGGACCCCGACACUGGGACCCCUGCCCACCGGGACCCGGACACUGGGACCCCUGCCCACUGGGACGCCUGCCCACCGGGGACCCCGACACUGGGACCCCUGCCCACCGGGGACCCUGACACUGGGACCCCUGCCCACCGGGACCCCGACACUGGGACCCCUGCCCACCGGGGACCCCGACACUGGGACCCCUGCCCACCGGGGACCCCGACACUGGGACCCCUGCCCACCGGGACCCGGACACUGGGACCCCUGCCCACUGGGACGCCUGCCCACCGGGACCCCGACACUGGGACCCCAGCCCACCGGGGACCCCGACACUGGGACCCCUGCCCACCGGGACCCCGACACUGGGACCCCUGCCCACCGGGACCCUGACACUGGGACCCCUGCCCACCGGGGACCCCGACACUGGGACCCCUGCCCACCGGGACCCCGACACUGGGACCCCUGCCCACUGGGACGCCUGCCCACCGGGGACCCCGACACUGGGACCCCCACCGGGGACCCCGACACUGGGACCCCUGCCCACCGGGACCCCGACACUGGGACCCCUGCCCACUGGGACCCUGACACUGGGACCCCUGCCCACCGGGGACCCCGACACUGGGACCCCUGCCCACCGGGGACCCCGACACUGGGACCCCUGCCCACCGGGGACCCCGACACUGGGACCCCUGCCCACCGGGGACCCCGACACGGGGAUCCCUGCCCACCGGGGACCCCGACACGGGGACCCCUGCCCACCGGGACCCCGACACUGGGACCCCAGCCCACCGGGGACCCCGACACUGGGACCCCAGCCCACCGGGGACCCCGACACUGGGACCCCAGCCCACCGGGGACCCCGACACUGGGACCCCAGCCCACCGGGGACCCCGACACUGGGACCCCAGCCCACCGGGGACCCCGACACUGGGACCCCAGCCCACCGGGGACCCCGACACUGGGACCCCUGCCCACCGGGGACCCCGACACUGGGACCCCUGCCCACCGGGACCCUGACACUGGGACCGCUGCCCACCGGGGACCCCGACACUGGGACCCCUGCCCACCGGGACCCUGA